CAGAGUUGAGAGACAGAGACAAUAGGUCAUUUGAUUUGCUUGAGUUCCUGCAUUCUCACAGAGCUGGCUCAGGAGAUACACACACUUCACAGUCUUUUACGCUGGGGCUUGGCACUUGCAUGUCAGCAUGGCUUUAUAGAGUGAGGAAAAAUUUAUUUUUGUAUUACAUUUCAAAUUGGAGCACACUGAGUAAUGAAGAAUUGAAGCGAAAUAGGCCGAGCAAACAAAUUGCCAUCAGAUUCAUUCCAGUCAACCAUGUCUACAGCAUCUGCUUCUACAUCUAACGCAUGCAGCCUCUCGGGUUUCAAAGAUGGAACCAGUACUGGAAAUGGUGGAAUAUUAAUGAACGGUCCUUAUUUGGAUUCUCAAAAUCAAGCAACCAUAACCUAUAAUACGAGAAGGAUACUGUCAUUUUUGGAUUUCAACGCACAAUGAAAAUGUUUUUUUUUAAUUUCUUGCAUUAUGAAUAACAAGCUUUUUUUUUUAAAAUAAGCUUUUCAUUUUUGUAUCCUGAGACCUCUGAUGUGUACUAAAACCCAGGAUCUAACAGAGUGGAAUCACAUUUGCUUUUUCUGCAGUUAUCAGAAUUGGAACCUAGCAGGGUCUAACUACUCCUGGAGCUCUUUGUAAGGAAAGGAGCCAUUUUCCCAUAGUGGAAUGGGUCAUAUUAAACUCACGGAAACGCCGCUCAUCUCCGACUCUCAAAUGGGAGCGAUGCUUUGUACCAGGAAGAAAGUGCAGAUUUAUCCCCCAGGCUUGAAGUAUUGGCAACAAUUUCUGUCACAUACGCCGUGAUCAUUUCAGUCGGUCUCCUUGGGAACACCAUACUUAUCAAAGUAUUUUUUAAAAUCAAAUCCAUGCAGACGGUUCCUAAUAUUUUUAUCACCAGCCUUGCUUUUGGAGACCUGCUGCUUCUGUUGACAUGUGUUCCAGUGGAUGCUUCUCGUUACAUGGUAGAUACAUGGCUGUUUGGGAGAAUGGGAUGCAAGAUUUUAUCCUUCAUACAGCUGACUUCGGUUGGAGUGUCAGUCUUCACUUUGACGGUCCUCAGUGCUGACAGGUAUAAAGCAAUUGUGAAGCCACUGGAACUGCAGACAUCAGAUGCUGUUUUGAAGACGUGCGGCAAAGCUGUUUGUGUUUGGAUUAUCUCCAUGCUACUUGCUGCCCCUGAGGCAGUGUUUUCGGAUUUGUAUGAAUUCACCAGCCCUGACAAGAAUAUGUCCUUCAAAACAUGUGCCCCUUAUCCUGUUUCUGAAAAGCUACUGCAAGAGACACAUUCGCUGAUGUGCUUCUUAGUGUUCUAUAUUAUUCCCUUGUCUAUUAUCUCGGCAUAUUACAUACUUAUAGCGAAAACUCUAUACAGAAGUACGUUCAACAUGCCAGCUGAAGAACACACCCAUGCCCGUAAACAGAUUGAAUCGCGAAAAAGAGUGGCAAAGACUGUGCUUGUGUUGGUGGCUCUCUUUGCAUUUUGCUGGCUUCCUAACCAUAUUCUCUACUUGUACCGAUCCUUUACAUAUCACUCAGCAGUGAAUUCAUCCAUGCUUCACCUGUCAGCCACGAUUUUUGCACGGAUUUUGGCUUUUAGCAAUUCUUGUGUCAACCCCUUUGCACUUUAUUGGCUUAGCAGGAGCUUUAGGCAGCAUUUUAAAAAGCAAGUUUAUUGCUGCCCAGAGCAGCCUCCCCAGUCUCAAACAAGCCCAACCCACAGCAGUACAACAACUGGGAUUGCAGCUACUAAGGGCAAUAUACAGAUGUCUGAAAUUAGUUUUACUUUACUGAGUGGUUAUGACAUGAAAAAAGAGAAUGAUAGCGUUAGUCUAAACGAUAGCAGAUAACUCAUCAUAUCAAGUGUGUUAACUCUUUCUCUAUAAGGAGUAUUAUCUGUUAAGGUGGCCAUAGACGCAAAGAUCCUAUCGUACGAAUCGAGGAUUCGUACGAUUUUCAGAUUGUGUGCGGAGAGUCAGAAACUAAAUUUUUUUGUCCGGCGGAGCCCA